AUGACGGCGUUGGCACGUAUCCGGCAGGACCUCACUUCGGGGACCAAGCUCAAGACGUCGUGGAUUAUCAAUCCGUACGUCGACCCUUGGAAGACCCUUAUCGAUUACGGCGGCGUCAAACAGCGCCAACUCGACGUUAUGGCCCAGAUAGCCGACCGGACCUACGAACUCCCCACCGUCGAUCCGCCAUCUCAGAGAGAACGCGAUCGCGAAGACUGGUCCGACCUGGAGGACGCCGAAAAUGACGACGAUCAAGCGGCAUCUUCCAGCGCGGGCACUGGCACGUCGGCUCAAGAUGACGACGAGGACGCCGGCGAGGAUGACGAAGACGGAGAAGACAACGGUGACGAAGUCGUCGACGCAGAAGACAACGGCGGCGACGAGAACGACUCUCGGAACGUCCACGUCUUGUGA